AUGAAUAAUCCGGGCCAGGGCAGCCAGCCUGCGCAGGGCCAAGGGCAACCCGCAGCAGCUCAGCAACAGCAACAGAACCAGCAGAGACGGCCGCAGCCACCUUUAUAUAAGCCCGAGCAGAUGCGCAGUCUCCCGGAUUCGUUUUCAGCCAACGAGAAAGAAAAAUGGGAGCAAGGCCUGAGGUCACUAUGGAACCAGGUGGAGAAGAACAGUGCGGAGACACCACAGCACCAGGAAGCCAAACGGAAGAUCUUCGAAUUCUCGAAGACCUUGACAAACAAAUUGCAAGCUAUUCGAAUGCAGCAGCAGCAAAAUGCUCAGCAGGGUGGUGCAGCACGACCUCAGAGUCAACCGCAGCCGGCACAAGGAGGGGAGGGGAGUUCACAAAACCCGAGUGCCGAACAACAGCAGCAAAGACAAAAGCCUCAAGUUUCUGCGAAAGUUAUGGAGCAUGUUUCCAAGUUUCCCUACGUCCUGCCUCCCCAAUUGACACACGGCACCCCCGAAGCUGCUAAAUGGGUGGCGGAUGCCAAACAGAGAUAUCUCAAGGGACUCGUCGCUAUGGAAGGUGCUACCGGUCGACUUGCGGCUCUCGACGCCAUGCUACAGAAAAGAAACGAUGACGGGAGGCCACUGAACCCGGACGAGGAGAAAGAAUUCCAACAGAAGAAAGAGCAAUUUCAGAAAACACACGCUGAGGCAAAGAACUUUGUGGAUAGUUUCCGGCAGCAGCAGAGAGCUGCCCAGCAACAACAGCAGCAGAACGCUGCUAAUGCCAAUCAGCAAGCAAAUCCGGCCCAGCCACAAGCUGGUGGAAGUGCCCCCAAUGCGGCUGCGAGUGUUCCCAGCGCUGCUGCUCCUGCACGUCCACAGGUAACUCCUCAACAGCCAAAUCCUGCGUUGCAGAAUACUCAAACUGUCAACGCUGCGAUUGAAGCUGCCAGGAACCAGCAAUUGGGUGGUGCUCGGCCUUCUCUGCCUCAAAAUAGCUCCAUAUCCCAAGCACCCCAGAUGCCAUCUCAAAAUGCCCCAUCCAUGCCCCAACAAGGUCCUCCAACCUCGAAUAUAAAGAUGGAGUCAGCGCCUGCAACCUCUGGGAUCUCUGGGAUGCCACCCCAAAUCAACACCGGCGCUGCAGUUACUCAACUACAGCAGGGCCAAUCUCGACCGAUGCAGAACUCUCCACAGUCCGCUGUUCCCCAUUCUGCUGGUGGUGCUCCUCAGAGUGCUACCUCCCAAGCACCUCAAGUUCCUCGAGCAUUAACGCACUCGGCGGCGUUAACACAAGCCGCAAGGAGCUAUUCCAGUGGUAAUACUGGCCAGCCAUCCGCACCGCAUGUAAUGGGCCAUUCACACCCGUCAGCUCCCCGCGAGGCCCAAAACGUCAUCACAAAUAAAAUGCCUAUCCCUAAACACCUACCUGAGCGCGCAACCGCACCUCCACAACCUGUUCCUAUUAAUCAACCAAGACCAACUUACACCGGAGGACCAAGCAACGCAGGAACCGGAGUCGUAUCACAGCCAGUUUUACCAAAGACACCAGGAUACAACAUGGCAGGUGAAGGUGAUCGCGUUUUGAGCCGCAAGAAGCUCGAUGAGCUUGUCAAGCAAGUUACUGGUGGCGGACAGGGCGAUGGCCAAAGCUUGACUCCUGAAGUUGAAGAGUCUAUGCUCACGGUGGCCGACACCUUCGUUGACCAGGUCCUCCACGCCGCCUGCAAGAUAGCCAAAGAGCGGGGCUCCAAGGUCCUUGAGAUCCGCGACAUCCAGCUCACCCUUGAACGCGGUUACAAUAUCCGUAUUCCUGGCUACUCCAGUGACGAGAUCCGCACUGUCCGCAAGAUCCAGCCUUCUCCUGCUUGGAUUGCGAAGAUGAGUGCCGUUCAGGCUGCCAAAGUCACUGGUGGCAAGAAUGCAGACGAUCACUUUACCAUGGAUCUCAUUAAGGGCAAUAAUGAUCAUAUCUCAUAUCUCAUGGCUCUGGCGUUUAUGGCACCUUCAGUCGCGCGUACCGAUGUGCACGACAUGGGCGCCUGGAUUACCGUAGUAGCAUUUCCGUCCCGGUCCAGGUCAAGCUUCAACUGCAAUCACCCACGACAGCUUGUACAAGACCAUCAUCCAUCACCUUCAACCACUCCAACAACACCCUGCAAAGGUCCUAAUACAGGAUACUUCCCCGAAGACCAGACUUCCCAGAAAGUAGUCUUCAAGUCUGAUACCCUACAUCACUCGAAUCACACCACCUUGACGCGAUCUCCGACAGCCUCACUAGUACGUCACCAAGGUCGCCGCGACGGACGCUGCGCAGACGAUAUGCCCAGCAAGACACCUCACACCAACGGCAAUGAUCCAGUCGAGAACGGAAUCAAUGGGACUAAAGACGUCGAGAUGAAAGAUGAUGCGCCCGCUCCCUUAAAGGGCGGCAAGGGCAAGAAGGUUAAGGAGGGUGACGAGGAGAUGACAGUUGUUGUGCCGCCAUCAAAGGGCUCCAAACUGUCUUCUUUCACAAAAAAGGACAACGAUGGCGAUGUUGCCAUGGGGGAAGAGGAGACGAGUGGAGAGGAUGGCGCUGUUAAGGUUGACCCAGUGGCGAAAGCUGUAUCAGAUAUCAAGAACACCUUUCCAUUACUGGAACGCGCAGUUACGCUGUUUGAUGCUAGGUUUUCGCUCCGAGCUCUCCGUUCAAUCUCCUCCAUCCGCAAACGCCUAACCCCGGAUAUCCUUUCCCAAGUCAUCACAGAGACAUACCCAUCAACAAGUCCUGGGGCAAAAUCUCUGCUCGUGGCUCUCGAGCGCGAAAAUGCUACCUUUACCAAGCCUAGCUCGAAUGAGAUGGACGUGGAUGUUGAGCCGAAAACAUCCAAGAACGGGAAGAAGGAGCCCAAAGAGAUCAUUCCCGAAAUCGACAUUUUCCUCGGGAUCCUCAUCCAGAUCUACUACCUCGACAACCAUAUGAACCAAAAGGGAGCAGUAUUCUCACAACAUCUCGCUGAGCGGAUACACCUAUUGAACCGCCGAACCUUGGACUCUCUUUCUGCACGCGUGUACUUUUACUACUCUCUCUUCUGCGAACAGAUCGCUCCUCUGCCACCGUCUCUGUCAUCACCCGUUGUAUCUCUACGGCCAGCCCUACUUGGUGCCCUUCGAACGGCCGUUCUUCGAAAAGAUAUCGAUACACAGUCUACAGUCAUCGUCCUCCUGCUACGAAAUUACAUCUCAACAUCCAGCAUCUCUCAGGCCGAUCUUCUUGUAUCACACACGAAAUUCCCUGAAAAUGCGUCGAAUAACCAGGUUGCUCGAUACUUGUACUACUUAGGUCGCAUCCGAGCUAUCCAAUUGCGGUAUACUGAGGCGCACGAGCAUUUCACAGCUGCUACAAGAAAAGCCCCUUCAAGCCCGAGCGCAGCAGGCUUCUCUCAAAACGCGACGAAGUUCCUCAUGGUCGUUGAGCUGUUGAUGGGCGAUAUUCCGGAGCGUGCGAUUUUCCGUGCACCGAGCAUGGAGCACGCCUUGCAGCCAUAUUUCCAACUCGUGCAAGCUGUGCGUGUCGGACUAUUAGGAGAGUUUGAAAAUGCCAUCAAGCAGCACAGCGAUACAUUCAGACGUGAUGGCACCUAUACUUUAAUUCUCCGCCUCAGACAGAACGUUAUCAAGACCGGAAUUCGAAUGAUGUCAUUGUCAUAUUCAAGAAUAUCUCUCCGAGAUAUCUGUAUACGCUUGAAGCUAGACAGCGAAGAGUCUGCAGAGUAUAUCGUGGCAAAAGCUAUCCGAGAUGGUGUCAUUGAAGCAUCUCUGGAUCGUGAGAGAGGCUUCAUGAAGAGCAAGGAGGUCGGCGAUGUGUAUGCCACCAGGGAGCCCGGAGAGGCUUUCCAUGACCGUAUCCGUGCUUGUCUUGCCCUCCAUGAUGAGAGUGUUAAGGCUAUGCGCUUCCCAAUGAACCAACACCGACUAGAACUCAAAAAUGCCCAAGAGGCCCGAGAACGCGAGCGUGAGAUGGCAAAGGAGAUCCAAGACGGUGAUUUGGACGAAGAUGACCUGGGUGGUGAUUUUGAGGGCAUGUAA